UCGAUAUCUUUAUAGCUAGACACAACUGCGUUUAAUAAUGUUACUGACCGUUCUCCUUGAUGGUAGAUUCACCGGGAGAAACAAAAGGAUAAAGCUAUGCCUGGCUAUAAAAAUGUGAACUUUGAACUUUUCAUAAAAAUCUUCGCGAGAACCUGAUAAUAAAGAUCAAGAUCAAGAAUGGAAGGCAAACGGUACUCUCGCUCUACAUUGAAGGCACGUUACGAGUUACCGCAGGAGAACCGAACACUCGAUUAAGUUUGAGUGAGAUCUGUCGAGCACAGCCUAACGAGAUUGACUGAGCACGGAAGUAUGUUCAACAGGGUGUGAUUACUAACUGGAGGCCGAGACACCGUCGACUAAAGUAGUGCUUAUCCGUCAACAACGUCUGUCAAGGUGGAAGAGUGUCCACCUUGACCUGACGUGUCUCUCUUUCAUAAUUCAACCGUGUCCUAAAAGUUCGCGCAUCUAUAUCGAUAUGCUUAUAGCCGGCCUACUUCGCCGGUUUGCAGACGCCCGUAGGCAACGUGUCGCCUCUCUCCUUCUCGCGAUAUUAUACAGUCUAUCUAUAUUUGCAUGUGACGGUAAAAAUCGAUUUUUUACAGGUUGACACACUGUAACCAUAGCAGCUUAAUCGAACAUCAAACUGUAUGCCACAUGCAUGUGAUACGGUUCCGCGAUUCGCCGAAGAGAUGAUCUCUGUCGUGUGAGAGAGAAAGGAAAUUGUAUUUAUAACGAGCACAUACAUAUACACACACAUACCGAUCGGGUAUUUGGACCGAAUAUGGAUCGCCAAAUGUAUGACAUGAGUUUGGAAAAUAUCGCUGCGAUUGGAUAGUCGACUGAUUAUUUUAAAUGUUCGCUUUUCCGCAGAAGAAGAAGACAGUUGAUUUUAACCUCUCAACUAUCAAACACUUCGCGCGAAAAGUUUUCCGAACAGUUUGAGACGCUGCUAUAGCAACCAAUUAUAUUUCUGCAACAUUCAAGCGAUACAACAAAACUUGUAAAUGCAUAUGUUGAACUUUUAUAUUCUACGAUACCUUUUGCAGGUAGUAAAUGAAUACUUUAAGUAUAAAACAGUAUACGACAAUUGUUAUAUUACAACAUGCUAUAUUGCUCUUUGAUAUUUGUGUAAAUUCAUUUGCAAGUUUCUCCAGACAACAUCCAACAGAUUUGCUGGUACUUUAUGUGAUUCAAGAUUUUUGUCUUAUUACAAACCUGACUCUUCUCUUGGUAAAUUUCUUUUCUACUUAUAUUUUCCAGGCAGGAUUAAUACAAUUAUUAUAUACAAGAUUCCGUAUGACAUUGAUAUUAUGUAUUGUAUAUAUAGUACUGUCUAUUAGUUUGCAUACAUGGCACAUCACUCUACAUUGGUCAGCACCAUUAAACCAUUAUUGGACAAGAGGAUUUCACGCUCUUUAUUCGAUGCAUAGGACAGUUGCAGUACUUUAUUAUUACUUUUAUAAGAGAGCUUCCUUGAGAAUCGGUGAUCCAAGAUUUUAUAGAGGUUCUGCUUGGCUACAAAAGCAGUUGAGUAUCCCAUGAAUAAUGACAUGUACAUAAAAUUGAAUAAUAUAUGUGCAAAAAAUGCAAUUGCAAUUAUCAUAUUUAGAUUAUAUAUAGAAUGCACUUACAUUUAUAAGUUUAUUCUAAACUCACAUAGAUAUAUAAGAUUUAUAUAGUUUAUAAAUUAUGUAUCAAAAUAGACUGAUUUCUAAAUUUAGAUACAUAAAUA